AUGAAUUUAGUUGGGAAAGGAGGUGUCGAUACUCAACAAUUGUCUGGCAGCAGUGACAGCGAUUCCAUCAAAGUUUUCGUCCGAGUACGACCUCUGACCCAUGGCACCGGGCUAACAACAGAUGGAGAGCGGAACUUGUGUCUCAAAGUCACCUCUCCAAACACUAUACGCUUGCUCUCCAAACCAGAGCCGCGAACCUUCACUUAUGAUCAUGUUGCUGACAUGGAUACGACACAGGAUUCUGUGUUCUCCAGCGUGGGCAAGAAUAUUGUGGAGUCUUGCAUAAAUGGAUACAAUGGAACCAUUUUUGCAUACGGCCAAACAGGAUCGGGAAAAACGUUCACGAUGCUAGGACCUUCAGAUUCGGACAACUUUACAGAUGAAAUGCGGGGUGUUAUUCCUCGCAGUUUUGAGUACUUGUUCUUUCUCAUCAACAGAGAAGUGUCUCAGUCCAAAAGUUUUCUCUGCAAAUGUUCAUUUAUUGAGAUUUACAAUGAACAAAUUUUUGACCUCCUGGACACAGCCUCGGCUAGCCUUUUUGUCAGAGAAAACAUCAAGAAAGGCGUGUUUGUGGAAGGAGCUGUGGAGAAGUUUGUCAACAAUGCCGCCGAAGCAUACCAGGUGUUGUCUCGUGGCUGGUGUAAUCGCCGUGUGGCCUCCACCUCAAUGAACCGUGAGUCUUCACGAUCUCAUGCUGUGUUUACUAUGACUCUCGAGUCCAAGGAGUCCAUCAAUGAAGUGGUGAACAUUCGAAGGUCUCAGCUCAACCUGGUUGAUCUGGCUGGCUCAGAGAGACAGAAAGACACACACACUGACGGGUCUAGGCUUAAGGAGGCCAGCAGUAUCAAUCGCUCCCUUAUGAGCCUUGGUCAGGUGAUCAUGGCUUUGGUUGACGUUUCUAAUGGGAGGAAUCGCCACAUUUGCUAUAGAGACUCCAAACUCACCUUCCUGUUACGGGACUCCCUUGGAGGGAAUGCACAGACCUAUAUUAUAGCAAAUGUUCACCCUGGAUCAAAAUGCUUUGGGGAAACAUUAUCAACUCUCCAAUUUGCCCAGAGAGCAAAGCUGAUCAAGAACAAGGCCGUUGUCAACGAGGACACACAAGGAAAUGUGAGACAGCUACAGGCUGAAGUGAAGAAGCUGAAAGAGCAGCUCGCUCAGGCUCUUUCGUCUCACCAAGUGGAUGAUGGGAAAGAUGUCACAGCAGGAGGAACAGAGCUCCCCAUCUCCAAAUCCUCCGGGGAUAUGAAAAAUAUUGCCUUGUACAAAGCCAAGUUUAUGGCUGCUGUCCGUUUGUGGAGGAAGCGAGAAGAAGAGAAGAGGGUUUUGCUUAAAAAGGCAUCUCAGCUGGAAGAAGCCUGGACUCAGAAAGACAAGUUCAUCCACUCCAGUCGCUUGAUCAUCAAGUUCCGUGAGGAUCAUAUAAGUCGCCUGGAGAAAAAACUCAAAGAACAAUGUGGUGUUCUAGGAGACAUGGAGUCACAGGCUCUCAUUGAACAGUUAAAAGAAGAAAUCAGUAUUUUACGAGACCAGGUCGAACAUAACCCCAAGAUGACUCGCUACGCAGCCGAGAACUACAGCCUCAGAGAGGAGAAUCGUCAGCUUCGCUCCCUCGAGUCGGUGAUAAAAGCCGAAGAGGAAGCAGUGCAAGUUGCGCAAGAGCUGGAAGAUGACUUCCAGAGGGCCAUGGAGGCUGAAACCACAGAAACUCCAGCCAAUGCGUCGACCUCCUUGGCGACUGAUGUAUUUACCGUCUCCGCCAUGGAGAAACUGAAAGCUCAGCUGCUUCAAAAGCAGUCCGACUUCACUGCCAUUCUGCAGGCGUUUGAGGAGUACAAGGAAGUCACUAAGAAGCAGAUGUCUCAGUUGGAGUCGGACAAAAGGUACCUUGACAAGUCCAACAGGUAUUUGGAGAACAUCUUGGAAGCCACUAAUGCCUACAAAAAGCAAGAAGUCUCUGAGUUGAACAGAAUUCAUGUUGAAACUUUAAAGAUUCUCACUACUCCCACCAAAGCCUACCUGCGCUCCCGUCCUAUACCGCUGUCCAGCCCAGAACACUUGAACGGUAGUGUUAACAAUCCAGUUGACAUUUGGGCUGAGCCGCCCCCUUCAGACACGACUGAGAUGGCGCUGACUGAAGAACUGCGUCAAGUGCAGGUGCAAGCGAGUCAGAUUCGGGCCCAGCUAGGGGAAGAGGAGCUCAAGAACAGCAGGCUUAUGCAACAAAUUGCAAAACUAGAAGAGCAGAUCCAUGUUAUUUCACACGAGUCCGCACUAAAGGAGGAGCAACUUUCAAUGGAGUGUGCUAACAAGACCAGAGAUCAUCUCAGACUGCAGGAGACAAUUGACAGCCUACAACAGAAACAUCAGCGUGAACUGGAGACUGGAGAAGUACUAAGGAAUGAAAUCCGUGAUCUUCGGCUGGUGCUGCGGUCGUCUGACAAGGAGCUGGCUGCCGUGAAGGAGGAGCUGAAAGCCAAGAAAAGUGAGCAGCAGAGAGAGACGAGUCAGCUUUCCAGCAGUUUGAUCGCCACGCAGCUCCAGCUCGACAAAGUCCAGCUGGAUUGGGAGCAGCUUCUGGAGCAGCACCGCGCUUUGCAGGAUUCUUUUGACCAGCUUCAAGCCGAGGCAAAGUUUGACGCAGACCACGCGAGACAGCAGAUGCAAGACAGGCAGCAAGAGAUCAGUGAACUACAAGCUCAGAUUGUGGAAUUGAACAACUCUUUGGAAACGGCACAAGAGCACACUAGCACCCUGACCUACCAGUUAAUAGAGAACAAAGAAAAUACAUCCAAAGAACUGAGUGUAACAAAUGAGGAGAACACACAGCUGAAUAAGCAAGUCGUAGACAUGACCGUGCAAUUCCAACAGCAGGUAUCCAAACUUGAUCAUCUGGAAAAAAAUCUCUGCACUGCAAAUGAAAGCAUAAAAGGCCUGAAACAGAAGAUUGAGCAGGACAAAGUUGUCGUCCUCGAUCUGAUCACCCAAACCAGAGAGCUCCGCAGUGAUCUUACUCACAAGGAACAGACCAUUGCACAUCUCUCAGGAGACAUUACCGACAUCACGGCCAAAUACAAUGCUGCCUGCUUGGAACAAAAAGAUGUCGGAGAGCAAAACGCUAAGAUGCAAGCAGAAAUCGCAGAACUGAAAGAAAGCGUGGAGAGGACUAUCAUCUCCAGCAAAAAUGAGGUUGAAGCGCUGCAGUACCAGCUCGCUGAUGCAAAUGAGGAAGUUGAAAGACUUACAAAAGUCUUGGAUGAGCACAACAACAUUCUUCAAAGUGCUCAAGAGCAAGCCACUCAGAAGGACUUUGAAAUCCAGAAUCUACAGCAGAAGGUGCAAAGGCAACAAGAAGCUGCGGAAAGAACGAUACGGAAUGGUUCAAAAAUAAACGUAUCCAGGCACUGUACUCCACGUACAAUAUUCAAGACCCCCCGCACACCGGGAAGCUUCAGCCGGGACUUAACCCAGGUCCUCGAGAACCAGGAGAGGGAACUGGAGAAUCGACGCUCCUCCAUGAUGACCAUGGAGAUCCUCUUAGCUGAGCUCAAUUCCGAGAGAGCUGCCAAGAAUGAGGAAAUUCGACGGCUCAAAACACAGCUGAACGAGAAGGAGGUGGCCAACAUGGUGAUACAGGGCUUGCAUGAGCCAUAUAACAAAAUCCCUCAUAGUGGAAAUGCAAACAGUGAGGAGCUUCAUCACAGCAUCUCUCAGUCUGUUCUUAAAGAACUGCAAGAGGAACGAGAAGAAAAGGAUAAAUUGAUUCAAAAGCUGUCCGAUGUACAAAAAAAAUUGCAAAUCCAGGAGUCCACGUUGGCCCAGUCACAGGCUUGUGUUCAGGAGCUGUCCGCAGAACUCGGCAAUCGUUGUCUAGAGCUGAGUCAAAGGCUACAGGAUGAGGACAAGCUCCUCAAGGAGAACGAGGUUCUGCGUCGGCAGAACGUUCAGCUGUCGGAGGAGAAUGGAAAAUUGGUAGGACACAAGAACCAUAAGCAGAAGAUUGAAUAUUUGGUCAAAUUAAAGAAGGACAACACCAGACUGCAGGAGGAAAAUGAAAAACUUCGAUCAGAAAUGAGCCUCAUUCAAGAUAACACGGGACCUUUGCCGUGA